GAUUAUUGAUCUGCUGUCACUUCCGCUUCAUUCCCAAUUGAUUCUCCGAGCUUUUAAUUCCAUUGUCGCUAACCCGCCGGAGAAGCUGCCGGUGAUGGUGGGCUGGUUUUUGAGGGCGGAGCGGACUGUUAAUGAAAUUUUCAUAACUGAGAGAGAGGGGUAAAAUAGACAUAAGCUCCUUAAUUCACUUGGACUUGGACGGAUAAUAGGAAUAGGUUCAUACCGUUUCUCCUUCACACCUACUUCUAGCUCCCAUCAAGACUCAAACCUGCAACUCGACGCAAUUUACAGUCCCUCCAGGAUUGCCUUUGAUUUGGGAGAAGGCUUGUCUAUUGAAUCUCUGGUGAGAGCGUUUUGAAUUUGGGGGAUAAAAUGCCGAUCGUGGAUGAACCCUCAUCAAAUUUAGCCAUGUCGCCCCCCAAUUCUUACAGCGCGGUGGUUCUUGGGGGCACCUUUGAUCGCUUACAUGAUGGUCACCGCCAGUUCCUCAAGGCAGCUGCGGAGUUGGCUAGGAAUCGGAUUGUAAUUGGCAUUUGUGAUGGCCCCAUGUUGACAAAAAAACAAUUUGCUGAAUUGAUACAACCUAUUGAGCUCAGGAAAACAAAUGUUUCGGAAUUCAUCAAGUCCGUUAAACCAGAUUUGGUGGUGCAAGUAGAACCUAUAGUGGAUCCCUAUGGUCCUUCAAUUGUUGAUGAGAAUUUGGAGGCAAUUGUUGUAAGUAAGGAGACAUUGCCAGGUGGAUUAUCUGUUAAUAAGAAGCGUGCUGAGAAAGGCCUUUCAGAACUCAAGAUUGAAGUCGUCGAUUUAGUUUCUGAAGGAUCCUCGGGAGACAAGCUGAGCUCUACGGCGUUGAGAAGGCUUGAAGCGGAAAAGCUUAAGAAAUCUUGAGAUGUCACCUUGGUAGGAAAUACGUACGUGAGGCUCAUGUUCAUCAAGAGCCACCAUUCAAAUUAGUGUGUACUCCUAUUACUUCUCUUUCGUAGUACAAAGAGUGUCUUAUUCAUUCCAGUGCAACAUAUACAUAUUUACAAAGUUGAUUGUAUCAUUGCUUUCUGCAUCUUUUCUGUUGUACUCCCAAUGUGAUAUACAAAGGGGGAAAAAUUACUCUCCCGAUGUGAGGAACACUGGAAUACGAUCAUCCAAACACAGUCUCUUUAUGAAAUUGG